UAUACUAUCUUUUCAAACUGUAUCCACUCAGUAAUAAAUGUUGUAGACAAUUUAUAUGAAUUGUCUACAAAGAAACCCAAGAUCAUAUUAAAAUCUUCGAAAUCUUCUCUAUGCGAUAUAUCGUAUUGCCAUAAUAAAAUGUCUUUCGAAACGAAUCAGGGAUUUUUAUGUGAUUCUUUUGAAUUUUCUAUCUCAAUUUUACAUUUUGGCGCCAUUUGAUGUGGUUUUCUACGCGUAUACUGCGUGGGUUAGGAAGCUACUUUCAAAACGUCUUUGUUUUCUUUUUCCAUUCCAUUCAGAACGAUAAGCAAAAAGGAAACAAAGACAAAAUAUCAUAUCUAAUUUGUGGUUUAAUGUAACCGAAAAGUACUAUCUUGUCGACUCCCCGAUAUUCGUUAUAUAUGCUGCUAUGUCCAUCGCGACAAAUCUACCCUUCUCCACGUCCUUCAUUAAGGGAAGGAGGAAAUCCUAGCAUAAAAAGGACAUAGCCAAUUUCGUUCGUUGAAACGUGAAAGAAAAUAUUACUCUUUUCAGAGCUUGUUAAAUUCUCGGAGGACCCUUAUUUCGUAGAAGUAUUACUCGAACGAGGAAGACCGUCUUGUUUCUCUUCGACUUUGUCUUCUUAAGCAAGAACCUUUGUUCUUUUUUAGGAUAAAAUAAACCUAUAUCGAUUUUUAGAAAAAGUUAGUGUUGAUAAUUACUUGCUAGAAUUCCAACCUUUCGAAUACCCUACUACUUUGUGUAACUACCAAUUUUUACUGUCUUUUUUACGCCGUAUAAACAAAAUGGUUAAGGAGAAAACCUUGGACGACGGAUCUCUUAGUUUUGAUAAUUCUUCUUUGGAUUUCGGUUCCUCUUUACCGGUUUCAUCUGCUUCUUCUCCUAAGAAAUCGAGGGAAAACGUCAAACUGUCUUUUCCCGGUGACGAUGAAGACGCAACGUAUGAAGAAAGUUCCACUUCUGGUCUUGAUCGCUAUGGUUUAACUCCUUCAGGCGAAACUUUCGCACUUCCUCAUGAGCAGGAAAAUCGUCGCAGUAUCCUUGAAACCAUCGACCCACGCGUUCCCAAGACACCUUGGGACUGGGUGGUUAUCGGCAGUAUCCUUUCUCAAGUCGCCUUAUACCUUUUCACCCGCGGAAACACGCGCCGCGUUUUGUUAAUGGCCUGCUUCUUUUUUUGGCGCAUGAGUUAUGAUAUUGGAAUUGGAUUUCUGCUUCAUUCUCAGUCCAAUGACCGAAAGGUUGUAGAGUGGGUUAAUAAGCUUGGUUUCCUUGAUAAAAAAAAGAAUCCCAAGCUUUAUGAAAUGACAAAACACCAACUUGUCUCUAAAAUGGAUCCUUCUUAUAACUUUGAAAAAUCUCCCAUUGAGUUUAACAGCUGGCUAGUUUUUCGCCAUUUUGUGGAUCUUAUACUGAUGUGUGAUUUCUGCUCGUAUGUCUUGAUGGCUUUUGCUUGGACCUGUUGGCCAAAUAUGAAUUUUCUCCUUCACAUGUUGCGUUUCUUCGGAGGUAUUGCCUUGAUUGUUUUUAACUACUGGGUGAAGCUGGAUGCCCAUCGUGUCGUUCGUGAUUACGCAUGGUAUUGGGGUGAUUUCUUCUUUCUUCUUCGUAGCUCUUUGGUUUUCAAUGGUGUUUUUGAACUAGCCCCUCAUCCCAUGUACUCUAUUGGUUACGCUGGAUACUACGGUAUGAGCUUGAUCUCUGGAAGCUAUGGCGUUUUGCUGGCAAGUAUGAUAGCUCAUGCUGCUCAGUUUGGUUUCCUUCUUUUUGUCGAAAAUCCCCAUAUUGAAAAGACAUAUGGAAGUGAUUCUGCCCAUUCGCGUCUUACACCAGGAGAUGAAGAUGUAGACUUUGAACUUCCUCCAGCUCGUGAUCUUGUCGGGUUGAUUAAUUUCGAUUCAGCUAGAAUUUCAGAUGUCGCGUUGAUCAUAAUCGCUGCUUAUAGCAUUCUAUCAACUUUACUCUCUUCUAACUCUUUCCACAACCAAUUUUGGGCUCUAUUUCAAGCCUUUUUGUGGCGUUUCUUACACAGUGGUCUCCACGGGUCUAUUUUGUUUUAUCAAUCUAGGGAUAAAGCCUGGUCUCGACAUUUCAUCCGUAAUGGUGAAUCUAUUGUGCAGGCUUGGUCUCAGUGGAAGGGAUUUUAUAACAUUACUUUAAAUAUGUCUUAUAUUUCUUUUUGUAUGGCAGCUUGGAAACUGUACCAUAUUCCUAACAACUGGACUUAUGGACUUGUUACUCUUCGCCAUACCUUAGGAUUUGCUCUAAUUGCUUUACAUAUUUAUACUUCUGUCUCUAUUUAUGAAGAUCUAGGCCAAUAUGGAUGGUUCUAUGGCGACUUUUUCCUACCUAGCCGCUCUCCCAAGCUUGUCUACCAAGGUAUCUAUCGGUACGUUAAUAACCCUGAGCGUUUUCUUGGAUGCUCUGCUUAUUGGGGUCUUGCUCUUAUAAGUAAUUCAGCCUGGAUUUUUCUGUUAGCAACGUUAGCGCAGCUAUCAAACUUGGCUAUAAUUCGCCUUGUUGAGCAACCCCAUAUGCGCAAAGUCUACGGUAAUGCUUUAAGGAAAGAAGCAGGAAUAUCAAAAUUAAUUAAACAAGCUACCCAAGAACACAGCAAUAGGAUUCCGAAGUCUAUUGAGACUCAUGUGAAAGCUUUGGGCAGUACUGUCGACAAGGUUCUUGAACAGACUGCUGAAGCGUUACAGGAAUUUGUGAAUGCAGCUCCUCCAAAAGUACAAGUAUUAUUGAAGGGUACGGAAUCAAGUCUCCGUAGAAGUGCCCAACUUGCCAUUUUAAAACUUUUUGCUCCACAGUUUGACAGACUUGGAUCUACUUCGUAUUCAUUGAAGUUGGACCUUGAAGAUUCCAAAGUUCCGCUUGGAUCUCCAAUUCAUGUAAAGUGGACUGCACCUUUAGACCAUGAAAAUAAUGACUGGAUUGGACUUUAUCGCGUAUCCGAUAAUGUUAGUGAUAUUCACACUCAAGUGUCAAGUGAAGGCCGUUGGUCUGCCAUAGAUUUUGAAGGUUAUAACUCACAUGUUUCUAGCAUUAAAGAAGUUUCGGAAACUAAGGAUUCUGGUGAGGUGGUGUUCUCUAGAGAUUUGUUAUUUUGGGAACCAGGAACCUAUGAAUUCCGUUAUCAUCAUAGUAAUAAGCACUUGGUAAUGGCUAAAAGUCAACCAUUUCAGAUUUACGCGAUAACUUGUGAGUCCAAGGAUGUCUCUGAAGUUGAGAAUACUCUGGAUCACUUACUAAAGCUUUGCAUUCCAGAAGAUAGUUCUAAAUCACUACGAGAUUUAUCCGAUAGUAAAGCAAAGACACUUUCUAAUGCAAUCAAAUGUGUUUUUGGUAUUGAACUUGGUCAUCAUGUCAUUCAAGUUGAUGGUUCCACGAAAGUUUUAGCAAGCAGACUUGUUAGUGCUAAAAAGAUUCUUCAACCUUUUGAUUAUUCGGAAGAAAGAAAGAAGGAUGUAUAGCUCAUUACGGUUAAAUUGUGAUUUAUUCAACAUAUUUUACAGUUCCGAUGAUAUUUGAAUUUAUGAAGCCUCUGUUCUUUUUUGGCUUGACCUAUUAGUCUACGGCUUACUGAAUUGAAAUUAAUGAUAUUUAAUGAAAUUGUAAACUUACGUUGUGAAGUUAAAUAAUUUCGAUGACUUUAUUUCCUAUCCGUUGUCCUAUUUCAAUUAGCAUGGUAAGUUAAGCUUAAAUAAACGUCAAAUUAGUAACCUGGUUACACAUAAUUAAAUAACAUAUGAAAACUAAAUAAAUCAAAGUUGUUGUCAUGCAUGAAUGUCAUUUUCGUCCACAGAAAGUAUACUUGAC